AUGACCUCACCAAGAGCUCUCAUUCCAAUGGCCGACUACGGCCAUGACCCGACAGAGACUGCCGUGGCCUAUACUGUCUUCAAGGAUGCUGGAUUCGCCGUCGAAUUCGCGACUGAGAAGGGCAACUCGCCACGGUGCGACAAUCGCAUGAUCGCGGGGAUAUCAGGGAAACUUCUCGGCGCAAAUAAAGACGCAAUCACCAAAUACAACCAAAUGUUACAAGACCCAGCCAUCCAGCAACCCCUCUCAUGGUCCGACCCCAAUUUCUCCCUGUCAUCGUACGAUCUAGUGUAUUUUCCCGGAGGGCACGACAAGGCCGUGCGCCAGACAAUAGACUCGACGUCGCUGCAGAAACAUGUCGCAGAGUACUUCCCUCAGACACGCAAGCCAGGCGCAAAGACCGUCGCGGCGAUUUGUCACGGCGUACAGACGCUUGCAGCGGCCGAGAAGACGGAAGGGAAGAGUGUGUUGCAUGAUGUCACGACGACGGCGUUGCCUGGGGCGAUGGAGUCUGGUAUUUUCUGGCUGACGAGGCCGUUUCUCGGUGAUUAUUAUAAGACUUAUGGAAAGGGGACGGAGAAUGUCGAGACUAUUGUGAGGAAGCAAUUGGAUCAUCCGGAUCAACAGUAUAAAAAUAGCCUGGGUCCUGGGCCGUUUGUGGUGGAAGAUGAAAAGUACAACUAUGUCAGCGCCAGGUUCCCUCCUGAUACGGAGGCAUUGGCUAAGCGUGCAGUGGAGUUGGUGAAGGAGUCCACUAAGAGCUGA